UGCGCAUGCGCAGAGUCAACACCCACUGCUGUGGAACCGGAAGUUGUGAGUGAGUCAUCUCGUGUGGAGACGAUCUUUGAGCUCCACCAUCUCUGUGUCUCUGUUGAUCAGCAGCUUUCAGCCAUUCACCUGCUCUUCCUCCUCUUCCUCUCUCUGGACCUAAAACCCUCUCAGCUCCACAUGGGACAACUAGAGGACAACACACCGUGAAGCAUCAUGGGAGGUGGCAGAUGGACGAGCCGGCCGUGGGCCAAUCAGAGGAGGCUGUGACACACACACACACACACACACACACACACACGAUGGAACAAGGCUUCAGCUUAAAUACGCUGAAGAAGCUGGCGGCAGAACCCGACUACACGGACGUGUCGCUGACGGCGGCGGAGCGAGUGCGGGCGCUGGGGAAGAUGGGAUGCAGCGUGGAGAUCAACGAGGACGUUGCACCGAGGCGCUACCUGCGCUCCGGCGUGGAGAUGGAGCGCAUGGCGGCGGUUUACCUGGAGGAGGGAAGCCUGGAGAACGCCUACGUCCUCUACACCAAGUUCAUCACUCUGUUUGUAGAGAAGCUGCCCGGUCACAGAGACUACCAGCACUGCAGCCUCCCGGAGAAACAGCUCAUCAUGAAGAAACUUCAGGAAGUGGCGUUUCCUCGUAAAGACGAGUUGAAGAAACGUCUUCAGGAGAAAUACAGCAGGGAACACAGCGAGUACCUCAGAGCCCAGAGCCAGGCGGCGGCGGCGGUGGUGGACGGGUGUGGCCAGCAGCUGCAGCGGCUCUCCCUAUUGGGCGAGGACAGGAGGCGGUGCCUGUUACUGGAGGAGGAGAGGCAGCGCGUCGCCGCCCUGCGACGCAUGCAGAUCGAAUCAGAACAGUUUCGCUUCUUCGAGGACCAGCUGAGGCGUCAGGAACUGGCCAAUAGGAGAGGAGAGGAGGCGGAGCUAAAGGUGGAGACCAAAGUGCCUGAGGUGACGGACGGCUCCUGUCUGUCUCAGCAGCCAAUCAGAGACAGCGUACGAUCCCAGGGGGCGGAUCCUAACAGGAACAGACCGGCAGCUCCCGUCAGCCAAUCGGCUGCCACGCUGGCUGGAGUACACGAGGGUGGAGGGUCUGAGGCGGGUGGUGAUACCCAGAGAUCUGACCUACCGCUUCCUCCUGCUGGCCGACGCCAACACCGCCAGAGGGAUCGAGACCUGCGGCGUCCUCUGUGGACGACUGAUGCACAACGAGUUCCUGCUGACUCACGUCGUGAUCCCCAAACAGUCGGCCGGUCCGGAUUUCUGCGACAUGGAGAACGUGGAGGAACUGUUCAGUUUCCAGGACCAACAGAACCUGCUGACGCUCGGCUGGAUACAUACUCAUCCCACUCAGACGGCCUUCCUCUCCAGCGUCGACCUCCACACUCACUGUUCCUACCAGCUGAUGCUGCCGGAGGCCGUCGCCAUCGUCUGCGCUCCCAAACACAACGAUACCGGUGUGUUCAGGCUCAGCUGUUCGGGGAUGUCGGAGGUUUCUGGCUGCAGACUCAAAGGUUUCCAUCCUCACUCCAAGGAGCCGCCUCUCUUCAGCGUGUGUAAACAUGUGGUGGUUCGGGACUCAAAGAUCAGCCUGCUGGACCUCAGGUGACCUCAGGUGACCCCAGAUGACCUCCAGUGACCUCAGGUGACCCCAGGUGACCUCCAGUGACCUCUGGAGAUGACCCCAGAUGACCUCCGGUGACCCCAGUAGUUUCCGUCUGUCAUGCUGCGUGUCUCCGACCUCUGGAGAGGAGACGGUGAAUCUCUGAGACUGUCAGACUGUCAGAGACGUUUUCAUUCACCGUUCAGUUUUCUGAAGUUUAUUUGUUGAACUUUGUUGAUUGAAAUGUUUCUGUUCCGGCUCUAUGUUCUGCUGGUUCUGGUUCUGGUUCUGGUUCUGUGUGGAUCAGAAUUUAAAUGAAGAUGAGAUGUGAAGUUAGUGUGACAGAGUGCCUUCUUCUUCUUCUUCUUCUUCAACCAACACGGUGAAGUUAUUCUGCAGCUGCUCAUCACAGACUCCAUGUUGGUGUCAUGAUGGCGCCGCCAGUCUAUCACUAAAUCAACAGAACGGCGCUCUGGUCUCAGUCUGAUGGUCUGAUGCUCUCUCUGGUCUCAGUCUGACGGUCUGAUGCUCUCUCUGGUCUCAGUCUGAUGCUCUCUCUGGUCUCAGUCUGACGGUCUGAUGGCGCUCUCUGGUCUCAGUCUGACGGUCUGACGGCGCUCUCUCUGGUCUCAGUCUGACGGUCUGAUGCUCUCUCUGGUCUCAGUCUGACGGUCUGACGGCGCUCUCUCUGGUCUCAGUCUGACGGUCUGAUGCUCUCUCUGGUGUCAUCAGGUGAAAUAGUGUAUAUGUUGAGGAGCUGCUGCCUCCUCCAGGCAGGAAGAGGAACUACAACACUAAAGGUUCAUUAAAGGAGCAGCUGUUAAUGUUCAGGUGUGUGCGUGCGUGUGUGUGUAUGUGUGUGUGCGCGUGUGUGUGUUUUCAAACCGAAUGCUGCUGUUUCAUAAUAAAACGUCUCCUGCUGCUCCAA